ACCCAAUUCUGACGGAUGAAUGGAUGGAUAGCAUAUAAAGGACUGAAUAAAUGGCAUGAAAUAUGGAAGCGUAAAAGGAAAUGAAAGGGAGGCGAAAAAAAGCUUACCAUCUUUGCACUGCAUGAUUUCCAAUCCAUUCACCACCUCUCUCUCCUCUUAUUAUUGGUUUCAUUCAUCCCCCUCUCUCUCUGUUUCUCCCCUCCCUCUCUGCUUUGGUGCUACUACCACGCACUCCCUGCUCCCCUGCUUUGACCUUGCUGGCGUUAUCCGCCUUUCCCUGCCGUUUCUUGGAUUUCUAGGAUCCAAGAAACUACAUCGCCAAGCUGCAGAAGAGGAGGAGUUCGGAGUCUGGGAUUCCGGUGAUCCGGGUGGGCGUUUCUUGAUUCCUCGCCGUUGCUGUUGGAUACGCGGAGGCGGAGGAGAUGACCGUGGAGGAGGUGAAGCUUCAGGUGAAGGCGAACGGCGGGCAUGGGGGCAGGGACCAGUUCCCCGUUGGCAUGCGCGUGCUGGCCGUCGACGACGACCCCACCUGCCUCAAGGUCCUCGAGAGCCUCCUGCUUCGCUGCCAGUAUCAUGUGACAACAACUGGGCAGGCAGCAACAGCCCUGAAGCUGCUGAGGGAGAAGAAGGACCAGUUUGACCUGGUGAUCAGUGAUGUCCACAUGCCAGACAUGGAUGGCUUCAAGCUCCUCGAGCUUGUGGGCCUCGAGAUGGACCUCCCGGUCAUUAUGUUGUCUGCAAAUGGAGAGACACAAACAGUCAUGAAGGGUAUCACCCAUGGAGCAUGUGACUACCUGCUGAAGCCAGUGCGUAUUGAGCAGUUGAGGACGAUUUGGCAACAUGUUGUUAGGCGGAGGAGUUGUGACGCCAAGAACAAUGGUAAUGAUAAUGACAACGACAAUGCCGGUAAGAAGGUGCAGUCAAUGAAUGCUGAAGGUGAGAAUGGUGGUGCUAAUCGCAACAAGAGAACUUCACGCAAGGGUAGAGAUGAUAAUGGAGAUGAUGGUGAUGAUUCUGACGAGAACAGUAACGAGAAUGGAGACUCGUCGAGCCAGAAGAAGCAAAGGGUCGUGUGGUCUGUUGAAUUGCACCGAAAGUUUGUGGCUGCUGUCAACCAGCUUGGCAUUGAUAAGGCUGUUCCAAAGAAAAUAUUGGAUCUCAUGAAUGUUGAGAACAUAACCAGGGAGAAUGUUGCGAGUCAUUUGCAGAAGUAUCGGCUGUAUCUGAAAAGACUCAGUGCUGAUGCAAGCAGGCAGGCUAACCUUACUGCUGCAUUUGGAGGAAGGAACCCCGCUUACAUCAACAUGGGACUGGAAGCCUUCAAGCACUACAAUGCAUAUGGGAGAUACCGGCCAGUCCCAACUACUAACCAUUCACAGUCAAACAACCUUCUUUCUAGGAUGAACUCCCCUUCUGCAUUUGGGAUGCAUGGUUUGCUGCCUUCGCAGCCACUUCAGAUCGGGCACACCCAGAAUAAUCUGAGCACUUCCCUCGGCAACGUAGGAGGGUUGAACAACAGUAACCUGAUUGCGCACAUGUCACUGCAGGAUAGUAGCAAAUGCUUUCCUACUGGUCCUUCUGGUAACUCUUUUGCAAACAUAUCAAAUGGCAGACCGUUGGCUCCGGCAAAUAACAUGCCGUUACAGUCUCUUGAACCAAGCAACCAGCAACACCUUGGUCGGAUGCAUUCAUCUUCUGCAGACCCAUUCAACUCAUUUGUUAGUGAGUCUACCCAGUUGCUAGAUCUUGGAAGAUGCAACACCACCUGGCCAACUGCCGUUUCAUCCAACAUUCAGGAACUUGGUCAGAAGGACAGCAUGUCCCAAGCAACCCUGCGUGUGAAUGGCCCCAAGAUCGAGCCUCUCUCAAGCUUUACAUCCCCAUCCAGUCAGAUUCCCUUGCUGGGAAAUGAAAUGCAGAGCCAAGUAGCAUCACUAGCCAGCAAUGCUCUUCCAAUGCCAUUCAGUCAGGAAGCAGUGUCAUUCACAUACGGAAGCAGCACAAACUCAAGAGAGAUGCUGAAUAACAACCUUGCACUCAGUAAUUCUGGCAUCAACACCUCAUUGCCGAACCUUCGCAUAGACAAUUCUGUUGUACCAAGGAAGACACUGGAUGGUGGGAAUUCAGGUGUUGUUGUUCCCCCUCUGCAUGAUGGCAGGAUUGAGCAGCAAGCUGUUAGUAAUCAGCUAAACUACAACAACGAACUCAUGGGGACAAGUAGGCUGCAAAGGGGACUCAGUGGUGGUUUAGAUGACAUUGUUGUCGACAUGUUUAGGCUGGACCGCACAGACGAUGGCGCCCCCUUCAUCGAUGGGGACUGGGAGCUGGUCUAGUAGGUUUCGGUUCCCUACCUACAUCAGCCUUCGUGUGAGAUUUUUCGCAUCUGUGAGGGUCGGUGGUUGAUUGGUCCAUGAUAACUGCCUGCUCAACGUUGUUUAUAGUAGCAAGUCUUUUAGUCACAAAUGCCUUUUGCAUUUGGUUUGUCCAGUUUAGGGACUAGGCUCCAGUGUUAUGUCGAACAACAACCGAGUGGUAUUUGGUACCUUAACUCGUAUGGCUAUGUUAAGUCAGGUUACUCAAGGUAUAACUGGUUAUCAUGAGAUAUAUAUAGUUUGCUUGAUGAGCCAAUGAACGCUUUUCGUUA